AUGAAGAAAAUAACAGUAUACGUCGAGUAUGGAGAAACCACGAUGAAAUUACAGAAUCCGUUAGUUUUAACGCACGCGUCCAAACUUUACGUGAAAACAGCCGCCGUGUUCUGGAAUUAUAAAAAUAUUCGGAAAGGUUACAACGACUAUUUUUCCAUCGACGGGAAAAAAGUUGUGUUGGACGAAGGAUACUGGACGUUUAAAAAUUUACGGAAAGAGUUGGAAAGUCACGGAUUAUCCGUCGAAGAAUUUCCCGACGGUCGCAUCAAGAUCGGAUUCACGAAAGGUAUAAAAUCUUUAAAUUUAUGGAAAUUAAGUGACUUGUUAGGAUAUACCACCACUUUUUCCACGACGCAUCAAAGUGAUCGUCCCGUGGAUAUUCACGAAGGAUUACGUUACGUGACGGUCGGAUGUAAUUUAGCGAACCGAUCCCAAAAUAUAGAUCCGAUGGGAUUUUUCAGUAAUGUCAUCACGUCGCUUCCCAUCGACGGAACGAAACCUCUGUUUGGAACGACGACCAAAUACAACGACAUCGAACGCGAAGUCGGUGUGGAUGCGGGAAUUUACAACGAACUUCAUUUCGACGUGAAAUCUAACGUUCACGGUAUUGUACCGGGAAAUGUUUUAAUGGAAUUAUACAUCGUAUAA